GGUUUUUCUUUACUAUUUACUCGGGUCUUUACUUGUUUUUAAUUUCCAAAUAAAGGAAGAAAGAAAAAUGAGAAGGAACAAUUCGAUUGUCUAAGACUGGAAUCUUGUUUGAAGCUAGGUUGUGCGUGGUUUCAAUGGUAGACAAUCAAGCUCGUGGUUUCAAUGGUAGACAAUCAAGCUCGUUGAUAUCGAUUUCCUUAUCCUUAUCGUCGUCAUCAUCAUCAUCAUUCCUAACAUCUAGCACAUCAACACCUACCUAGUAUAUUCUACUCAGCCCCCACAACAUCUCUUAAAUACGAAAAUGGUAGUCUUUGUCGAUUAUGAAGAUGAUUCGGAACCUCCAGAGCAAAAUGUAACUGGAUUGCAUCAUUUACAGAAUGGAACAAACGGAUUUCAGAAACCAGUUUGGGGCGGUUUUGGGGACACGAACAAGGGGGCAAAUAUACGCGGAUUAAUGUUGGAGGAUGGUAGGGAGAAUCCGAAUAAAAAUGCAAUUGCAGAAGCAUUGGGUUGUUAUCCGUAAGUUGCAUCUAUAUUAUAACUACCUAAUAGUUAUAUUUAUUCUCGUCUCGCACAACCAGGGCACAACCAGGGCACAGGCUAAUCCCGUUUUCAUAGUAUCAUAUCAGCAAUAGGAUCUCAUAUCGAUCUCAACACCCUCGAUGCACUCUCCCGCACAUGUCGUCAAAUCCGCGUCAAUCUCCUACAAUUCCGCUCAAAACUUCUUACAUCUACACUCCACUGCGAAAAUGAGGAGUUAGAACUCGACCCUGAACAUACAUUUCGCUAUCGGGCACGAGCCGCAGAUUAUUAUUUUGUUGAAAGCGGACGGGAUGCACACGGGAGUGGAAAAGUGGGAGAUUGCGCCAGAGAUUUGGUAGGAGAGUGCAGGAAAUGCGGAAGGGUGGUUUGUAGGGUAUGCGUUCUUCCCGAAGAGAUUUUGGAUGUGUAUUUUCAUAUGUUGGAUAUUGAUUGGUUUUGUUAUCACUUAGUGAGUUGUAUAGAGGCUGAUUCUAUGAAAACAGAAUUGCACUAUCAAACCACCUGGUCCUGUUCUCCUACGGCAUCGUCAUCGGCGCAUAUGCAAAAUGUGCUCGAAGGCUCCUCUUGCCUCUCUAGUCGCUACCUCUUCAUCGCCUUGUUCGUCGCCUUCUUCCUCAAUUACUCAUGAUCAUACGCCUGCAUUAUUACCAGAAACAAUCAAAGAAUCUCUAUGUAGUUGUCCAACGGCAGUCUGGCUCUGUCAACCCUGUGGUCGCUCUCUGCGCUCUACCGACCAAGAAUACGAAGGUAUCUGGAAAUGGCGCACACGCUAUCUACCUUCUCUUGGAGGUCUCGGCGUCGGCAUCGGAGAAGGAAACCGCGGUGUCCCUUGCGGUCGCGGUAGCUCCUGUCUAGCCGCCAUAGAAGUAGAACAAGAAACCGACUGUGACGCCGAAGAUGCCCGAGAAUUUGAAGAAAACAGUCGAGCCGGGAGUCCGGCUUCUAGUCCUGGAAAUAGUAUAUUUGGAGGUGCGAGCCCUAAUACUAGUGAGAGGAAUUUAAGUCUAGGUCCUGGAUAUGCUAGGCAUGAAAUUGAAGGGAUAGGAGGCGUCGUUAAGAAGAAGAGGGUGAAGAUGGUGAAGGUCGGGGCUUGUGUGCCGGAAUUUGGGGAUGAGAAGGCGGAGGGGAGAUAUUUGGUUAGGGAGAUGGAAGGAAGGGCGAGGAGUUGGUGUGGUUGGUGUCAUAGGGUUGUUAAGGGAGGUGAUGAUGUUAUUUAGUGGGUUUAGCGAGUAAUUUGAGGAGUCUGUGUGGUGAAGGGAAAAUAAAUGGAAAUGAGGAUACCAAUACUGAGAAUGCAGGUCUAGGUAGGCAUGGUGAUAGGUUAGUAUAAAAUGCAUAGAAAUUAGGAAAUGAAAACACAAGUAGAUAUAUAUCC